CCACCUUAAAUCGCAGCGCUGCACCACGUGACUGCGUUCCUGGAAAGUUCCUGGAAAUGCCUGCGCAGUGAUUAUGGUGUUGUCGGUUAUCAGGCGGCUCGGCGGACACGGCUGUCCCCAGCGCGGAGACGGACGGAAGGACACGGUGUUCGCGACUUACACGGCGCUUUCCUCGCUCUCCGGGAAACGGGAAUAAAUCGGUACCAUGCGGCCGCAGGUCGGACAGGCCUGACAGGUUGAUGGUUGGGGACUGUUGCUGACGGUCGGACCUUCGCCUGUGCCCGCUGCCACCCGCCAUUUCUGGGGUACAGGAGCGAGAACGGGGCAGAAAAUAAACACCACCAGAGGAGCAGGUCUGCGGGCUUACACGGGACCCGUUCCCGCUGAAAUGGCGGCUGUGCCUGGAGGAUAAACAGGUCUCGCUGGUUCUGACGGGCUCAGCUAGCUAGCGGCUAGCUCCAGGGCGGUGUAAAUGGGCGCAGAGCUCUGAGGCGAGCAGCGACUUCCUCCCCUCCAGUCUGGCUGCUGCAGACCUUGUCAAUGUCUGAGAGACCAGGCUGAAGGUCAGACCUGUCCAAUGACCUGCCAGUCGUCCGAGUCCACAGAAACCAUCGAGAGUGACAGACGAGCCGACAGCAACUCGGGGGCUGUGGAAUCAGACGAGAGCCGCAUCACCUUAGCCAUGAAGGACCUCAGGAACACAGGCUGGUACUGGGGCAGUCUGACCGCCAGCGAAGCCAAACAGAUCCUGCAGGAUGCCUCGGAGGGCACCUUCCUGGUCCGGGACAGCUCUCAGAGAGAUUACCUGUUCACCAUCUCCGCCAUGACGUCGGUGGGUCCCACCAACCUGCGGAUUGAGUACAAACACGGUAAAUUCAAGCUGGACUCCGUUGUCCUGGUGAAGCCCAAGCUGAAGCAGUUUGACAGCGUGGUGCACCUGGUGGAGCACUACGUGCAGCUGUCCAGGACCAGCGACAAGGCGGCAGCCAACCCUCAGCCCUCAGCAGCGGCGCCCAACGGCAUGGUGCAACUGCUGCUCACCAAACCCGUGUACACUGCCACACCAUCGCUUCAGCAUCUGUGUCGCAUCGCCAUCAACAGGACAACACGGCAGGUCCAGGAUCUUCCGCUGCCCACCAGGCUGAAGGACUACCUGACAGACUACACCUACAACGUGUAGAGACGCAGCAGGCGUACGGCUUGCUGUGAGGAAACGGAGCCAUCUGAUUGACUGGUUGCUGCCCUGUGGCCAUGAAAAGUUCACCUGCGGCCGAAUGUUUUGGAGGCGGCGAGUCGAGGUUUCCUGGUCGAUGUGCAGUGUAGAAACAAACAGACGUCAUGUGUUGUUGAUCCUUUCUAGGUGAACACAAGUCACUCUCUCUACUUUAAUAGUAAGUCUGUGUUUGGCCUCUGCGGGCUUCUGCUGGACUUUGUCCCUGCUGGAUGUAGUACUCUGCAGCUGUCAGCCAGAUGUUUACACAGUCGGUCAGCGACGGCCGGCUUCUGACAGUCAGCUGCAUCCUCGCCUCUGUAGGGAUGGGGAAUAAACAGCUCACGGGUUGUGUCAUUCACAGUGAAGUAGACUGGUGUAGAUCAGGGGUUUUCAGCUGCUUGUGGGCCAGCGACCAACAUUGUGACCUCAAGGCAGCCUGAGGACCCCUUUUGUUUGGUGAAUAAACCGGGUGGGCACUAUUUUAUCUUGAAAGUUACCUUGGAUUUUCUAAAUCUUAUAUGCUUGUAUGAAUUUCAUUACUCACAAACUAUAAUUAACACAUGGAAAUGUGUUUUUGAACAAUAAACUACAUUGUGAUUCCCAUAUGGAAAUGACACCUGCAAUCCCGUUACAGGCCACCAGGGGGCCACUAGUUGAAAACAGACAGAUUACAUGCUCUAUUUACAAAUCUAAUGUUUUAACAACUCUUUGAUAACUAAUAAUAAACUGACCCUGUGAAACAGGACAAAAUGUGGGGUCUUCUAGUAAAUCCAGCAAAUCUUUGAGUCAUUGUAGCACUUGGUUUCAUAAAAACGUUUGAGCACUGACUCACUGUCAGCUGUAACACACACACACACACACACACACACACAGCAGUUCUCAUUUGUUCAGUGUCUUUACGACCCAUGUCAUGUCAUGGUCAGAGCUGGAUUGUGGCUGCGAGGUCCAGCUCAUCCUAUGCCUGAGGUUACCUGGGUGACCCACUGUCCACAGGUUUGACUCUACAGGGUGUUUCUGCUGAUCCCUAUUAUUACAGGGUUCCUCAUCUGUUUGGUUAGUUUGGAGGGUUAACCCUUGGAGGGACAGGUCACUCACUUCUCCUUCAGCUGUGAUUUUGGUACAGACAAUGGUGUCCUGCUCUCCAGACCUUUAACAUGAAUAAAUCUUUGUUACUGAACAUGAAACGCAACGAGCAGCACAGUAACUGCAGAUGUUUGGAUACAUACACAGCUGUGGACCGGACCCUGCAGCUCUCACCCUGUUGGAUUUAAAAAAAUAUAUAUUUAUUGACUGUGUUGCACUGUGUUUUCUGCUACACUUAAUUUGUAAAGAAGCUGCAUGUUCUCUUGAGCGCAUGUGUUGUUUGUGCCGCUGAUCAGUAAACUGUGCCAGGUUGAUCAGCUCCAGCUGUGAGAUCAAUAAAUUUUUAUAUGGUGCUUCAUCAUAUGUAUGUUUUCUUUCAUUGCACAGCUCUCUUCUCUCUGUUUGCACUAUUGGUUUUACUUAUGAUGGUGAAAUUUAACAAACAAGUGGUUAAAGUAUGAGAUGAUAACUAAACUAAAAUGUGACUUGGAAUGUGACGAG